ACCAUGCUAGGCCACAAUAAAAGGCAUUUGUCUGGACCUCUGAGGAGCCCAAAAUUUCCAGUAGCACUACAGGCAGCUUCUGCACAAAAAGAAAGAUAGGACAGUUUUCACUUGCAAAUAGAGGGAAAUAGAGAGAAAAUGAUAAGUCUGCUGUGCAUCACAAUAAUCUCCCUGACUCUCGCUGGCAGUACAUACUGUCAAUCGGCAAGUCCUUCCUCUCUUACAGUCAAGACUGAACUUGGUGGAAAUGCCACCCUUCCAUGCAGACUUGGGUCAUUAGAGGACCUUUUCUUUGGGAAAGUUACAUGGAUCAAAGUUGCUAAAGAUGAAUCAGAAAAUGAGGAUGUGCUUGUAGAUAUGGGUUUACACAAAAGGACCUAUGGAAACUUCGAGAAUCGGGCCUCUUUGGUGGACUUAGAUGUUGGUGAUGCCUCCUUGGUGUUAACUGAAGUCUCCAUGGAAGACAUGGGAAGGUACCGGUGUGAGAUCAUUGAUGGGAUGGACGACAUCGUACAAGAAGUCAUCUUAGAGGUAGAAAACGGUCUCACUGAAGGUGUUGUAUUCCCAUACUUUCCCCAUCAUGGGCGCUACAACAUGAAUUUUGACGAUGCUGUGCAGACCUGUGCCAGCCAAGAUGCUGCAGUUGCCUCCUAUGAUCAGCUGCUGGAGGCCUGGAAAGAUGGUCUGGACUGGUGCAAUGCUGGCUGGCUGAGUGACGGCACAGUUCAGUAUCCCAUCACCAAACCCAGACACCCCUGUGGUGGCGCCAACAGCAGUCCUGGUCUCAGAAGCUACGGACGCAGAAACAAGCAGAUGAGCCGCUUUGAUGUGUUCUGCUAUGCUUCCAAACUCAAGGGUCAUUUCUAUUGGUUGGUCCAACCGGACAGGCUGAGCUAUGACGAGGCUGUGCAGGCGUGUCGCGACGACAACGCAGAGAUCGCAAAGGUUGGCCACAUAUAUGCUGCCUGGAAGCUUGAGGCCUACGAUCGCUGCGACGCCGGCUGGUUGGCUGAUGGAAGUGUCCGCUACCCUAUCUCCAGGCCCCGCAAAAAUUGCAGUCCGACAGAGGCUGCAGUGCGCUUUGUUGGAUUUCCAGACAAAAAGGUUAAGUCUUAUGGCGUCUACUGCUUCAGAGCUGACCAGUGAGAGUAUAAAAAAAACACAUAGGGAAAAUAUAGCCACCAAAGAGCAACAGCAACAGCCAUAAAAAAUCAACAAUUGAGCAUGUGAGCUUUGUAUUUUGACCAGUUGAAAUGUGUUAUCUUGCUGAUGCUAAAAUAGCUCUCAUAUAAGGGUCAUAGGAUGCGAAUCAACUUGCAAUAAACUACAAAAUAUAAAUAGCGAUUAGUGUUUGUUUUUUUUUUCAGCUGUGCACUCUUUGUUAAGACUAGUAAAGGGCAUAAGUGGGAUUGACGUGGCUGAGACAAUAAUUUAGGGAACAGCUAACAUCUAAGUUUAGUUUGUCUUCCAGAAAUUUGGGGUUUGACUGCAAUUACUCUCAUAGAAUGUGUGCUGCUUUCAAAUGUGUCUUUGUUCAAUGCUAUUUUUGAUUUUUAUAAGCAUACAUAUCAACUAAAACAAACUGAUUUCAAUGUAAUAUCAGAUGUCAACUUGAACUAUUAGUAUGCACACAUUAUAGUGCAAGAAGAAACCACAUGGAUUCAUUGCCAGUGUAGAAACGUUUUUUUACUGUUCAUAUACAAAUAUGUAUCUCCUAAACUGCAAAAAGAUAUCUUUGAACACAAAAGCUGUGAGCAACUGCAAAGAGAAUUGAAGGAAAAUACUUCAUUUGUUUUUUUUUUUUUGCAUUUCAGUUUGAUUAGCUAAAACUACGAAUGUCUGAAAUACGUUAUGUUUAAACCUUAUGCAUUGUUUCUUUGUUCUAACAUGAAGAUUUCACUUUUUUGACAAGUUUGUCACAAUGUUGUCACAUUGUUUCUUUGAACGAAAUAGUACAAAUUGUGUUCUCAUACUUGCAAUGUUUUCUUUUUUAUUAUGUUAAGAUUUGUCAUUUUCUUUUCUCCUCCUUUGAUCUGAUAUACAACUAAACUUAAAACUCCUAAAGAAGUGAUAAUUAUAGUAAUCAGUAGUCAUUAAAAUUUGUAGUUGUUUGUUAUCAAAACUAAUUAAAAUGUUUAGCUAUUUUUUGAUAACUUGUUAUAACUUUGAUCACUGACAUUUGGUACCUACCGUAAUUUGUAUUUGUCCACAGUUCUGUAUACAAAAUAUCAAGGUAUUUUUGCAUGAUACCAUGUAUCUUUUUUUACAAUGAUGCAAUAAAAAAUAAAAAAUGCAACUGUCAAAAA